AGUAUGCAAGUAAUGGAAAUUUGCGACAGUAUCUACUAAAGAAUGAAAUAAAAUGGCCAGAAAAGGUUCAAUUAGCGAGCCAAAUAGCCGAAGGAAUGUCUUAUAUCCAUAGCUUAAAUAUUAUACACUGCAAUUUGCAUACUUUGAACAUUCUUAUCCAUAAUAGAAAUGUUAAAAUUUCAGAUUUUAAACUUUCAAAAAAUCUAAAUUGCAUAUCAGCAGCUAACAAUGAAAAAAAUCUUGGAGUGAUCCCUUUUGUUGAUCCUCGUAUUAGAAAAUCCAG